AUGCGGAUGCACCUGUCUCUGAUCAUCAAUGAACCUGGACCAACCAAAAACUUGCAGCACCCAUACGGGGAGUUCAGCCACUGGAAGGUGAACAGCUUGGCCACAGAAAAAAGAGAUUUCCUGAAAGCGCCAUUGCCCUUGGCGCCAGAGUUCCUACGCAACCUGCGGUUACUGGGGCGACGGCCAACCCUGCAGCAAAUCAACGAAAACCUCAUCAAGAAGUAUGGGACCCACUUCCUAGUUUCUGCCACACUGGGAGGUGAAGAGUCUUUGACCAUUUUCCUGGACAAGCAGAAGCUAAAUAAGAAGUCAGAGGGCAACAGCAACAGCUCAGUGGUGUCUCUGGAACUGCUCCAUCAGCUGGCAGCUUCCUACUUCACAGACCGUGAAAGCACCCUUCGGCGACUCCACCACCUCCAGAUUGCCACCUCUGCCAUUAAGGUUACUGAAACAAGGACGGGCCCUCUUGGAUGCAGUAACUACGACAGCUUGGAUUCAGUUAGCUCGGUUUUGGUGCACAGCCCGGAAAAUAAGAUCCACCUAAAGGGUUUACAAGACGUCCUGCCAGAGUUCCUGCGCGGCCGCUUUGUGCAGGCAGCCCUCAGCUAUGUGGCAUGCAACUCCGAGGGCGAACUGAUCUGCCGUAACAAUGACUGCUGGUGCCAGUGCUCGCCCCGCUUCCCAGAAUGCAACUGCCCUUUUGCUGACAUCAAGGUCAUGGAAGAAAACCUGGAGAAGUGCAAAGUGGCCUGGAACAACUUCAACCAAGAGUUUAUGGAAUCAGAUGAGUUCAAAGCUCUCCUGAAGCGUUUGCCCACCGAUCAAUUUUUGAACGUGUCCACGAUCGCCAAGUUCUGGUCUGCUGACACGCCUCUCCAGAAGCGCUACACCCAGCUGGAGGCGAGCACCGCACUGGUCCUCGGAAAAGCCCAGAAGAUCAUCAGGAAGUUAUUCACUUUGAGCAAACGCUGCCCCAAACAGCCUCACAUCAGCCUACCCCGAGAAAGGUCUGUUGGGUUCUGGCUGGGCAGGGCUCAGUCUCUGCUCUACUGCAAUGAACACGGAGUUCUGGGCUCCUUCUCUGAGGAGGCAAAGAGCUGCAGCUGCCCCACGGAACAGCCCACAUGCCAGGGUGUCAUCCCCUGUGUCAUAGGUCCCUCACUCACUUCCUGCUCCAUCUGCGCCAGCGACAAUGCCACCCGCUGCGGAGCCUGUCACCAUGGCAACCUCCUUCAUCUUGGCUCCUGCCGGCCGAGCAUUGCCGCAUCGCUGGACCACUAUUUGAACUUUGACCUGGAUAUGCCGGAUGCUGAGGUAAAGUACCUUCUGCAGCGUCUGGACAGCAGAAUAGAAGUCCACGCCAUCUACAUCAGCAAUGAUGUCCGCUUGGGAAGUUGGUUCAAUCCUGCCUGGAGGAAAAGGAUGUUACUGACCCUCAAGAGUAACAAGAAUAAAUCCAACCUCAUCCACAUGCUGAUGGCCAUUUCUUUCCAGAUAUGCUCAACUAAGAAUUCCACACUGGAACCCGUUCCUGUGGUUUACGUGAAUCCUUUUGGGGGCAGUCAUUCAGAAAGCUGGUUCAUGCCAGUGAACCAGCCUGACUUCCCAGACUGGGAAAGAACUAAACUUGAUGGCAUCACCACUGCAGACUGUUACAACUGGACUCUGUCUCUGAACAGCAAGUGGAAGUCGUUCUUUGAAACAGUGCACAUCUACCUGCGGAGCCGCAUAGUCACCGACGAUCCAACGGUGAAUGAAACUCUUUUCUACGAGCCACUGGACUUGGACGACCAGACGUCAAACCUGGGCUACAUGAAGAUCAACACGCUCAAAGUCUUUGGAUACAGCAUGCACUUUGACCCAGAAGGCAUCAAGGACCUGAUUCUGCAACUGGACUACCCCUACACGCAGGGCACACAGGACGCCGCCUUUCUGAUGCUGCUGGAGAUGCAAGACCGGAUUAACCGACUUUCUCCCCCAGCAGUGCCACCGAUCGACCUGUUUUCCUGCCUGCUGCGGCACCGCCUCAAGCUGUCAGCUGGAGAGGUAGCACAAAUAAAGGAGUCUCUGCAGAUCUUCAACUCCAAGCUUCCAAAUGCUUUCCCAGAACCUGAACUGACCCAGCUGUGCAGUUAGCCGUUUCUGCUCAAAGUCCAGGAGUAGCUCUGCGAAAACCGCAGAGUUACCGUGUUUACACUCAAACACUAACGGAUUAAGCAACUGUGAAGCAGCAAAUUUUGGGCCUUUAUUAUUACCAUCCUUGUCUGGUAUUGAACUGUUGCAUUUUUACUUAGUCUUACCAGAAAGUCCUGGAAGAACAAAUGCAACACAAACUCUUCUAGAGGCUGUGUUGCAUUCGCUGUGAGGUAUUUGUCCAAGCAAACUGGGACUACUUUAGCCCGAUCAGCUCCCCUACGUGACGUGGAACCACAGAAGAGACGCCAUUAAUUCUACCUAAGACUUCUGCCUUGCCAAGCUGAGAGAAAAUUUUGAUAUUUUAAGAGGAACUCCCAUCCGUGCUAAGAAUAACACUAUUUUCUUUGGAUACAGAACAAAUGGGGUUUUGGGUUUGGUGGGUGGUAAUAUAUAUGUGGUGAAUGAACUAUGUUAUGCUUAACAAUAUGAAAUUUGAUCAUCUCAACCCUGUUACUGUCUUUAAAUAUUUCUUUUCACCUGUUAAAUUCCUUAAUUUCAUUUAAAACAACUUGUAUCUAUUCUUGAAAUCCAAGAGAGAAGCCUGUAAGUGAUGUUCUGUUAUUUGGUGGUGUGUCUAAGCCAAAAAAAGAUAUAUAUAUAUUGGCAAACAGAGGCACAAAAUGUUGCAUAUGUUGACUUUUUCUUUCUUUUUGACCUGAAAAUGUUAAAGAAACUGUCAAAAGGUCUGCGGACACGGCGCUGUAAAUAUUGCUCCAUCUAACCCCGGGUUGUGGACAAGUGCACAUCGCUUUUUAGAUAACUGAGUCCAAAGACCCAAAAAAAUUCUCAAAAAAGAAAAAUAUUUAUAACAAAACUCAUGCCUUAUAUGGAAAGUUAAUGUUAAGAUAAGAAGUACAUUUACUUUCUGUGUUUGGCUUCCCAGCGAAGGUUGUAUUGCUUUUUAUAUUUCAAUAUUUGUACCGAGACAGAGGCUUCUUUCUCCAGACAAAUGUGGUGAUGCAGCUUUUCCAUGUAAAUGCAGUCACACUCUCUGCACUUAUUUGUUUUGAUUUUGGUGUUGUGAAAUCUUUUGAGCCACCAUUCACAGUGCUCACCCAUACUUGCACAGUGUAAUCGUUCUGCAAAAACUGCAAUUAUACCAAGUCUCACUAACUUUAGAAAUUAUUUGGCUUUAAUAUAGUAAAAAAAAUGGUUUUGAAUGUUUUAGUUAAACCUCAAAUGUUUAUGAUUUUUUAAGCUUUUUUUUAAUUGGUUAAGUUUGGUUUUGUAGUUUAAAUCUAGCUUUUUUUGUUUGCAAAAACAGCUGUUAUUACACAGUAAUUGUCUAUUUGAUGACAACGCUCAUGGAAAAUCAUGGAUUUGAUUUUACUUUUACUAAUUCCUCACAAUUAUCAGCUGUUCUUCUGUACUGCUUGGUCAAGUAAAAACAAGUGGUUUAUCUAUC